CUUCCGCUCGGGGGCGGCGGGGAGCCGCCGGCCAGCGCCAGAACGACUUCCGGCGGCGGGAGCUGCGCGGCCCCUUAUCAUGGGGACAAUACAUCUCUUUCGAAAAUCACAAAGAUCUUUUGUGGGCAAGUUAUCACAGGAAUUUAAAUUGGUAGCUGCAGAUCGAAGGUCCUGGAAGAUCUUACUUUUUGGUGCUAUAAAUUUACUGUGUACUGGAUUCCUACUUAUGUGGUGCAGUUCCACUAACAGCAUAGCUUUAACUGCCUAUACAUAUCUGACAAUCUUUGAUCUUUUCAGUUUAGUGACAUGUCUGAUAAGCUACUGGGUAAUGGUGAGGAAACCAAGCCCAGUCUAUUCAUUUGGGUUUGAAAGAUUAGAAGUUCUGGCAGUAUUUGCUUCCACAGUUCUCGCACAAUUGGGAGCUCUCUUUAUAUUAAAAGAAAGUGUGGAACGUUUUUUGGAGCAGCCUGAGAUACAUACGGGACGAUUAUUAGUUGGGACUUUUGUGGCUCUCACAUUCAACUUGUUUACAAUGCUUUCUGUUAGGAAUAAACCUUUUGCUUACGUCUCUGAAGCUGCUACUACUAGUUGGCUUCAGGAACAUGUUGCUGAUCUUAGUAGAAGUUUGUGUGGAAUAAUUCCAGGCCUUAGCAGUAUAUUCCUUCCUCGAAUGAAUCCUUUUGUCUUGAUCGAUCUUGCUGGAGCUUUUGCUCUUUGUAUUACAUAUAUGUUAAUUGAAAUAAAUAAUUAUUUUGCAGUAGACACUGCUUCAGCCAUAGCUAUUGCUCUGAUGACAGUUGGUACUAUGUAUCCAAUGAGUGUGUAUAGUGGGAAGGUAUUACUCCAGACUACACCACCUCAUGUUAUUGGACAAUUGGAUAAACUUAUCAGAGAGGUUUCUACAUUAGAUGGAGUCUUAGAAGUCAGAAAUGAGCACUUUUGGACACUGGGAUUUGGUUCAUUGGCUGGAUCAGUGCAUGUUCGAAUUCGAAGAGAUGCAAAUGAGCAGAUGGUUCUUGCUCAUGUGACCAACCGGCUCUACACUUUGGUGUCAACUCUGACAGUUCAGAUUUUCAAAGAUGAUUGGAUGAGGCCUGCUUUAAUAUCAGGACCUGUUGCAACCAAUAUGCUAAACCUUCCAGAUCAUCAUAUAAUUCCAAUGCCAACUUUAAAGAGUGAUGAGUUGAACCCUCUCACAUCAACUCCAGCUAAACCCAGCACUGCACCUCCAGAAUUUUCUUUUAAUACACCAGGGAAAAAUAUGACCCCAGUUAUUCUUCUAAAUACACAAACCAGGCCUUAUGGUUUGGGUAUGAAUCAUGGAUCCACACCAUAUAGCAAUAUGUUCAGUCAAGGAUUUGGAGCACCAGGAAUGGGAACAACUCAAGGAUUCAGGACUGGUUUUACAAAUAUACCAAGCAAAUAUGGAACUAACAGUAGAGGGCAAUCCAGACCAUAAGACACUGCCAUUUGAUCUUAUUUAUUCUUAUUAAGGGUAUCAACUUUUUGACCUCUGUUCUCUUUAGCUGUUCAGAAAUGUCAACAUUUGAUCAUUCAUUCUAAAUAUUAGGAAUUGAUGGUCUAAUCCCCAUUUCAUGAAGCUUAUAAGACUAUAUUUUCAUAAAAUGCAUUUAAGCUAAUGAAAUUCUCCUGAAUUUGCAGCUUAAAUGGAUUUGCUUUAUUGACAGUGUGUUCCUCUAAAUUCAGAUUUUGCUUCUCUUUCAUUUUUUGAAAUUGAUUGCAAUAUGAUCUUGUGUUAGCUUUAUGAGGAAUCACUUCACAGAGUGGCAACAUUUCAUUUUCUUGGUGUAAAGAUGUUUUCUUCAUUUGAGAUUAUGAAUCUGUUUCCUGAAUAAUGGUAAGAAUUUCAGGAAUGAGAAGAAAUUACCAUUAUAAAAGUAAAGAUCUCUUUUACAGCUUUUCCAAAGUCAGUUCUAUUUUCUUUGGGGCCACACUAGCUUUUGGAAAUUAUUGUGUUACAAAGCAAAAUCAAGUUUUCCUUUUACUUGAAGUUUUCUAUACAUGUUUUACUGACCAAGAUUUUAAAAUGUCAUGACUAGAUUUUUAUCAUGGUUUUUAUUGUUGUUUAAAUUUAGCUAACAAGUAUUUUCACUAAUUUUUCUGCAGUUUUAAAUGAACCAUGCUUCUCUUCAUUACACUUUUGCUUCACUUUUUAACAAAUGAUUUGUCAAUGUGCAACGGACAGGUUUCUAUUCUGAUUAUUCCAGUUAGAAAUUAGUGGUGGAAACAGCCAUAAUUAUACAACUUGUAUAAUUUAUGACCCUUUUACUAGUUCACUAUUCUGUAUUUUAUGAACACAAUUGUAUUGGCUAUAUCAUACUUGCAAGUUUGCAUAAAUAUUUAUUUUCUACACUGUAUGAUAUUACAAAAACAAGAAAGAAUUGAGAUUGUUAUACUAUAUUACAUCUCCUGAGGGCAAAAUUAUACUUUAUUGUCCUAUUUUAUCAGGAAUAGUGAAAUAGUAAUGGUGGCAAUAUUUUUUUAAAUGACAUAGGACAUUUUAUUUAUUUUGAAUGUUUUCCAUGUGUGUAUUAUGUGGAAUUUCCAGUAUAGCUAGUGCUGCUUUGUAUAAAGCAUAAUAGUCAGUAAUACCCAAAUGUUCUCUUAAAUGCAGUCAACUUCAUAUGACCUCUACAACCACUGUUUUUAAAAAAAAAAGAAAAAGGGAUUUAAUAAGUAAAUGAAGUUGAACUUCCCCAUUUGCCAGGAAUUUUCCAGUAGUUUGGAUGUUUCACUUGGUGCUGCUCUUAAGGAUGCAUGCAUGACCUCAACACUUUAACAUCCAUCUAUAAAAGAUUUUCAUUGAAUUCAAAAUGUUUGUGAAGACCAUUCAGUCUUCAUCAAAGUAUCAAAUCUCUCCCUGUCAUUGGGGGAAUAUAAAUUAGAAGCUUGGAACAAGUGGGAAUGAAGAAACUGUUUUGAAGUGCUAUAAAAGAUCCUUAUUUGCCGCAGAAUUAGGUCUAUUCUACCAGUAUCCAAAGGAAGAGAAUUCCAUGGAAUUGUAUUGUUCAGGGGAAAUAUGUAGCUACAUCCUAAUAAUUUAUUUGGUGAGAAGUCAACUAUAGUCAACAUUUAUAAUGUUAAUGUAGACAGUUGGGUUUGUAGAAAAAAAUCUAAUCAAAAUUGUGUAUUUGCCCUUAAAAAAUGAGACAAAAAUAUCAUAAGGCAGCUUUCCUUCUUUCCUGUCUUACCACACCUAUGGCUGUGCCUAUUAAAAGGCUUUCACUACAGGAAGAGCUUACCACCAGUGACCAACCAAAUGUGCCUGUGAAUGUCUUCAUAGAGACCAGAAGAACUUCCAUAUCUUGAGAGGUGGUAAAAGGUAUGUUUUCUAUGUCGUUUCCUCUUUCAUCCCCUGCAGACAACCUCUACUUCUGUGAGAGUAAUGGUGUUCAAAUGCCUACCUUGAAUCUGUAUAAAACCUAUUUCUUCCACAGCCUUUCAGUGGUAGCCGCCUAUACAAGUGCCCCACCAAAGGUGCUUUAAUUACUGUUUACACUAGUUGAGGAUGGUUAUUCAAAGUUGCCCGUGGAAUGUGAAAGUAAAACUGGCUCUAUUUGCUGGUGUUUCAUUCAUGCUGCCCAUCUGCUUUGAGAGAUGAUAGUCUUUUAUGCAUUUGGUUUCCAGACUACCCCACAGGAAAAACAAAUUUUGCUAGUAAGUGGCAUAUAAGUUAACAACCUUGAUAUUGCUGUAGUGCCAAAUGUAGGUAUUUAGACAUGAAGUUUGAAAGGAUAAAUGCUUGUCAUUUAGUUUGAGUUUGAUGAAAAUUUCUCUACAGAUGUGAUCAGCAGGCAUUUAACUGAGCAACAACUAUAUGUGUAUUAUCUGUGCCCCAUUGCUGAAUAAAGAAUGUUGAGCCCAGAA